AUGGCGUUCGCAGGAAGACUGGCCAUUCUACCAGGAGGCCUCGGCGGACUAGGCACAAGCAUAGGAAAUAAGCUGCGACAACAAGGAGCCCGUCUGGCAAUCCUCUACGCCCCCUUCGAAGCCGCACGCCGCGACGAGCUUCUCGAGUCCGGAUACAGCGCCAGCGGCGACAUAGAUGGCAUCCACACCUACGAAUGCGACAUUACAAGCCCAGACUCAGUUCACUCUGCUUUCGACGCUUUGCAAAAACAACUUGUUGACCCAGCCCCGUCCUCUCCCUUUGAAAAGGCAUUUCCCAGCAUCCUGAUCAACACCGCCGGCUACGUAUCUCUCAGUGACAUGGAGAUCACACCACCGGAGGAGACAAUGAAACAUCUUACUACUAACGUCUUCGGUCCGAUGCUCUGUUCGCAGGCAUUUGCCCGACUAUACUUUUCCGCGUCAAAGACAGCCGAGUCAUCACCGCCGCCGGGGAGGGUUGUUAGCAUUUCCUCUCAGGCGGCGCAUGUCGCGCUGCAUCGGCAUGGCGCCUAUUGUGCUUCGAAGGCUGGGCUUCUGGGGCUGACGCGUAGUAUGGCAUCUGAGUGGGGUGGGCGGGGUAUUACUGCUAAUACAGUCUCUCCGACUGUGGCUUGGACGGAUCUGGGGAAGAAGGCGUGGGGGGAAGAGAGUGUUCGGAAUGCUUUCUUGGCGGCUAUACCGACGGGCAAGUUUGCGCUUCCCGAGGACGUUGCUGAUUCUGUGUUGUUCCUUUGUCAGGACUCUAGCGGGAUGAUAAAUGGUGCGGAUAUUAGGGUUGAUGGCGGAUUUACUGUUCGAUAG